UCAUUCCAUACCAAAACAAAAGUCUUCUGGUGUGGCUCAUUUCACCUGGAGCCCUUGGCCUUAGCUUCGCAGAGUUGACUCCACUUCCUCUUCCUCCAACUGUUCGACAAUCGCCCGAGUGAAACUCCACCACCCAUGUUUCCGAAGCAACUCCGCACCCUUGGCACAGCCGCCGCCGUACUCCUCGGCGGAUUCUUCACGCUCAACCUGGCUUCCACCGCCACAAUCGGAGCCCUCCGGUUCGCCGCCGAAUCCAAACGGAGAAAGGUUGCGCUGCCUUGUGUGGUCUGCAGAGGUAAAGGGUUUUAUAUAUGCAAGCUUUGCAAAGGGAAUGCCACCAUUGAAUGGUCGCCGCUGUACGACCCAAUUGCCAUCAACCCCUGCCUUUGCCCUACCUGUGAUGGAAAUAGGGUGCAGCACUGCCUCAACUGUCUAGGGACGGGAUAUAUUUGAGUUUUUGUAUAAUAAGAGGCAGAUGAACUAUUUAGUACUACAGUUUAAUAGUAUUUAUUUUCAUUUGUACGUUUUAAGUUGCGUUAAGUGUCAUGUCUAAAAUUGCUACACUGCUUGAGACAUCUUGCAAACUACAUAUAUAUUCAGCAGAUUGAAGGAUGAAAAGUAGAUGUAUUUAGAACUGUAGCUAUAAUUAACGCUAUUUUAUAGGAAAACAAAAGGAGGCAAAAAACAAAAAAUAAAAAGCCCAA